CGAUGGUUGCGUUGAGGAACAGCUGAAUAGGGGUUGCUGCAAUGUUGAACGUUCCCGUCUGUGCUUACAGAGCUAGCGGACGAGCCCGUGUCAACGGAACAGUUCCGCAGCGAACGUCAUUGAUGAAACCUACGACGCGCUCAAUACAAAACGAAGCGCGUCCAACGCCUUCCAAGCUCAAAUGUAUCGAGUCGUCGCAUCAAUUGGGCGCGCAACCUGGGCAUCUAGUUGCGCUGACAUUCUCAGGGUCCAUCCGUCCUUCCACUCUUGCCAGCUAGCUUCAGGCUCUAUCCUGCUCAAUUCAUCAUUACGGGGCUCGCCGACAAUCGCCCAACCGCCAAACUGCCGGGCUGGAUUCCACAAUAAGAUCAAUGCGACACAGCUUCCACGCAGAAAACAGAAAAAGGAGCGCAAGGGGAAGGGAAAGGAUAACAGUGAAAGCAAGGGCAAAUACAUAUCCAACGACAACUUUAGAGCCUUAUUCGAACUUUCUCCAGUUCGAACCCUCGUGGGAAACAGCUCAGCGAAGAAGCGACCAAAACCGGAGUGGAAGACGAAGAAGAAAGAUGGCCUGCGAAGCGGUCCCAGAUUGAAGCCAGCCAAAGUACGACGCCGACUGAAGCGAGAAAUGGAGCGGGCAGCGCUUUGCGGUGAGAUAAUACCCGAUACACAAGAGGGGUCCAUCAAGCUAGAAGGCAAACCCAAGCCCAAAGUGCAGUACCGGCCGAAACACAAGAAACCGAAACCACCGUCCAUGCCACCCGCGGAAAGAGAGAAGCACGAGGCAGAGAGGAUAGAGAGGAGGAACGAGAAGUUGAAGAUACAGUACGGGGACAAAUGGCUGGACGCCGUCGAGGCCAUCAAGAACAGGGCUCUGGCGCUCAAGGCGGAAAGGAAGAAGACGAACGAGUCGCAUCGGACGCAGCGGAGGCGGUUGAUGAAAGAGCAGGAGGAGCGGGAUGCCAGGAUACGAGAUAAGACACGGGAGGCUGAGGCGAGCCAUGGGGCGGCUAUGAGGCGCAUUGGGAAGAGGAUCGAGAAGAACACGAUGCUGGUGCCGCUGGAUGAGAUUGGGCCCGGGCCCGGAAUGGUCUCAUACAGACCAUUGGGGAAGUUUUCGGAGAGGACUUGAGUGAUUAUUGAAGUAGAUACCCUGGGACUUACUCUAAAACUUGACUCGUAAUACUGUUUGUUGGCUUAACGGCUGGCUUGAUGGAUGCUGCAUCUUUGUUUGGCCACUUGGGAUGGCCACUUGGGACAGCCACUAACAUUGGACCAGCACCUGCACGGGACGUGGCUACAGCAAAGCGUACAACUCGACCUAACUCGAAUGUUGACUCAUCAUAUCAGGAAUUUCAACAACC